CGUCAGACCAUUCCUGUGUUUUCAAACGAACAAGAUAAAUUAGGUGAGUGAGUGUGUGUCGCAUCCGGCUGUGUUCCGUUUCCCCCUCCCUCCACAUUCCAAUCUGGAAGUUACUACUGUAAACUGCAACUGCGACCUUGAAGCGAAAAGAUUGGGUAGCGACGAUAGUUCUUUUUCCUGCCAUUUCUUUGUUGAUACCCAACUUGUAUACAACGAACGCCGAGAAUCGACCUUCUCUCUGACUACCACUUACCUCCAAACAACCAACACACACCAAAAACCUCAACUUUCAUCACCACAAACCUACCUUCAGUUGUACAACACACAACGAAUCAUCAACACACCUCAAACUACCUCUACUAUACCAGAACCAACCAACCAACCUAACACCACACAACACCCCCCCAAAAAAUCCUACACAAACAACAUGUCUUCAACAAAAACCGCCCCUGCCCCUUCCAGCAUCAUCACCUCGGCCCCCUACUCCGACCUCACCGAAACCCUAACCAAAUCACCCACGUCUUCUUCUUCUUCUUCUACCUCCCCCGCCACCACCAGAAGCAAAUCGCACUCGCAAAGCUCAGCUUCCUCUUCCUCUUCAGAUGCCUAUGCCCAAAGAGCCAUGGACCACACCUCGACAUGGCAACCCAAGCUCGACCGCCGACAGAGCUGGUCGCAGGAGCAGUACAAGCAUGAAAUGCAGCUGAGGAGCGGAUCAACAGGCGGGAGCGUGAGGAAGGUUGUGGGGGAGGAGGGGUUUACUGAGGGGGGACAUGGGUAUUAAGACCGAGAGAAAAAAAAAUAAAAAAAUUGAGGAUGGUGGAGGGUGGAAAACGGAGUCCGUCACGAUUGAGGGGAUAUGAUGAUCGAUUCCACGACGACAGACUGAGACAUCAACAUCAAUCAACAUUGGACAACAAACACAACAUGAUGAUCCAAGUUCUCGGCACGCGUCACAGUACAGCACGACACGACACGACAAGACACGGCACGGCACGACGUAACGGAAGUUCGUGGGAUGGAAAUGGCAUUGGAUUAAUAAGCAUGGUGGCGCAUGGAAAACAGAUUGCGAGCGAUGAAAUGAAAUAGGUUCAAGCAUAUAUGCCAUUGGUCGUAUUUUCUUUCUCCUUUUUCUUUUCCUUUCCUUUUACAAAAUGGCGACAGCAGUUGGGAAGUACAAACCAGUCACACGAACGAACCCGAAUGGCGAGUUGAGGAGGGGACGGGAAAACGGGGGGUGGGGGUCAUGAAAUGACGUACUUUGUACUACUAUCACGAGCUCUAACGGCAUUAGGAGGCGCUUGUCUGCAUUGUUAUUGUAUGAUUCAACAUUCUCUACAACACUUGAUCACCUAUCAAAGGCCCGCGAAAUGUACUGCAGUUAAAUAUACAUCUUGAUUCCAUUGUCCACUUUUGAACGAGAGACUAUUCUACAUC